CCAUUUCAGAAAAACCCUACCGUGUUUGAAAACACCGAGCGGCCAAACUCGAGAAUAAAGCAAAUGGCAAUGACAAAGGAGGUGAGGCUAACGGAGAUACAAGGCAGAGGAAGGUCAUUAGUGGCGGCUCAGCCACUCAAAGGCGGCCAAAUCGUUCUCCGCGACUCUCCUCUCCUCCUCUACUCCGCUCUUCCUCUCCUCACUCCCUCUCCUCCCCCUUAUUGCGACCACUGCUUCAAAACCCUAAACCCACAAACCGCCCCCAUUUCACUCUGCCAAACCUGCUCCCUCCACGCCUUCUGCACCCCCAAUUGCCUCUCCGCCGCCCAGUCCUCCUCCCACACUCAAUGGGUCUGCCAAUCCCUCACGAAAUUACGAAAUUGCCACUCCCCGCUCUCCGGCCAGCCCGCCGACCGUCAGGUCCAAGCUCGCUUCUUGAUCGCCGCUUACAACCUCGCCGUCACUUCGCCGUCGAGUUUCCAGGUGCUGCUCUCUCUUCAGGGCCAGCCGCAGGACUCCGCCGACGCUCAGUUCCUGCAUUCUCUGAUUUCGACCCUCUGCCCUCCGCCGCAGCAGCAACUGUUUUCGGUGGAGCUCACGGCGGCGCUAUUGGCCAAGGACAAGAUGAAUGCGUUUGGAUUGAUGGAGUCCCCUUCGGAAUUUGGGCUGAGAUCGAGCAGAGCCUAUGGAAUUUAUCCCAAGGCCUCGUUUUUCAACCAUGAUUGUCUCCCCAACGCGUGCCGAUUUGAUUAUGUUGAUGAAGGCAGCACGGAGAUUAUUGUGAGGAUGAUUCACGAUGUUCCGGAGGGGAGGGAGAUUUGCCUGAGCUACUUUCCUGUUAACCAGGCUUAUUCGAGCAGGCAGAGGACUCUGGCUGAGGACUAUGGGUUUGUGUGUCAAUGUGAUCGAUGCAAGGUUGAGGCAAGUUGGUCUGACAAUGAGGAGGUUGAGGAGGAAGGUGGUUCGGCUGAGGUUAUGGAUGAGGACCAAGACCAGGAAAUGGAAGGAGAAUCGGAAUCAGAAGCUGGGAGUGACAUUGAAGUAGAGGCUCAAGGAGAAGCUGAUUUUCCACAUGCCUAUUUCUUUGUGAGAUUUAUGUGUGGCAGAACCAAUUGCUGGGGCACGCUAGCGCCUUUGCCCCCGAAAGACGAUGGAACUCCUUCGGAUGCUAUGGAAUGCAAUGUGUGUGGAAGUGUUAAGAAAGAUGAGGGGAUUAGUGGUCAUGGACAAAAUGGGCUCUCUUUGGAUGGCUAACUGCUCCUUAUUGCUGCUUUCUAAGCUGUGACUUUGCCAUCAAUGGGGAGAUGGACAAAGCCGUACCAAUUGUUUAAAACAAAUGAGAGCAAGUGCACCCGUAGUCAAGAAAAGGCAAAGUCGAGAAGUCAAGAAUUCGACCAGUCAAGAUACUAUUCACUGCCACUGGACAUGGGUUUACACCCGUUGUUUUUCUUGCCCGGUCAAUACUGUUCAUUAUUAUAUAAUAUUAGGGGGUCUCGAAAAUCGACUUUUUACACAUACAUAAUUUGGGAAAACUUCCUUCAUGAAAGUUAUAGAGAUCGUCAAUAUGAUCUCGUGCAUACAUGGAACGCAAU